GUCGGGGCGCAUAGUGUGGAGAGAGCGUGGAGCUGCGGAGACCCCGUCAGGAGAACUGCGAGUGUCGGCUGCUACACGGAGAAUGAUGCUGCGCGUUUAUACCGGUGAUGGAAAACGCGUCACUGCAGCCGGCGGUAGCGGGAAAGAGCGUGGUGAGCGUUUUUGGUCUUCACCACCUUCCGUAGUUCACCUACUCUCGGUGACGUCACGGCCCGGUGCAAAGCGACGGAGCCGUUAAACUUGGUUGUUUUUCUCCGGGUUUCUUCGUCUCCUCGAGUCUGAACCUCCGUCGAGUUGUCAGACUUGAAAACCUGCUGCUGAUGAACCCGGACAAAGGGAACCAUGCUCCGCUGCAGGAAGUGUCGGAAAGGCGUCGUAGACUUGGCGCGUUUGACCUCGGAUGAGGCCGCAGAUGAAAACCCAUGUGCCGUUUGCAGUGUUUGGCACGUGAAUGUCGACACGUUGCCGGACUGGAUACUGACCUCAGUUCAGCAGGCCCAGUGGACUGUAGGAAAACUGAACUGCCAGACCUGCGGAGCUCGUUUGGGCGGCUUCAACUUCACCAAUCGCAGCUCGUGUCCCUGCGGCCAGGACGCCACCGUCCACCUCAACAAAAGCCGCGUGGAUCCCGACUGCAAGCACCACGUCCUCAUCGUCCAGCCGAGGAUGAGGACGACGACGAGGCCUGCGGGGGAACGGGCCGCUCUGCCAACAGACCACACUGAGAUCAGCGAGCGGAGGCCUGAGUUUAACCGGACCGCAACGGACAGUUUACAGCUCUUGUCAGGUUUUUGCCCCUCGGUUCUUGCGGACAGGUCCGCUGCCGUUGACUCGACGAGGGCGGGGACAGAUGACGAGCCUCCGUGGUCUCGCAUCUCAGAUCCCACGAGUCAGGAGUUUGACACAGUCGCUGAAGCCUUAGGUGAUGCCGUGGUCGCCCGCUCUUUUGUUUCUGGGGGCCGACGGUCGCUCUUAGAUCAACAGCUGCUGGAAGCUGUGGAGUCUUCUGGGGAGACGGCGCGAGUCCACGAGGAGAUUUCUGAUCAGACGUUUUUCCUCAGAGGAAGAACCGCCUCUGACGGUGUAGCCGAGCGGGAAGACGACACAGCGCCUCGAGCGUCUGUCGCCUCCAGCAGCCUGAGCAAACGAGAGAAGAACCGUCUGAAGAGACUGCGGAGGAAACAGCGGAGGAGAGAGCGAUGGCUGCAACGUCAGCUGCAGAAGGAGAAGGCGGAGCGAGUGAGCGCGUCGCUGUUGGACGGCGACGAGGACAGCGAACGCCUCACCUGCGCCGUGUGCCUCGAGGUCUACGUCCGCCCUCACAGCUGUCAGCCCUGCGGACACGUCUUCUGCGAGCCGUGUCUCCGCACGCUCGCCAGGAACCGACCGGCGAACACGCCCUGCCCCCUCUGCCGCGCCCUCAUCUCACAAACCGACCUCCACCAAGAGCUCAGCCACACGGCGGAGACCCUCUUCCCUAAAGUCGUCCACGGCCGCCAGCGGAUCUUCCAGAACGCCCCGUGUGCAAAGUGGCCCCUGCCCAGCCGCCGCAAAUGCUUCCGGAGCUUCUGGGGCUUUCAGAGACGGACGAGGAGAGGCCGGCGCUCGGCCCACGGAGGCGUCGCCCUGGACUUCAGCGACAUACGCGACUGGCUCUUCGACGUCGGCCUCGUCCAAACCCACUCCGUCAAUUGGAUCCUGGUUUGCCUCGUGCUCGGCUUCCUCACGUCCUACUUCUUCUUUUGAACAAACGCAGGAGAGAAGUCGAGAGUUAGCAUCGCAGGUUUAUUUUUAUCCUCUUUCCUUUUAAAGAUAUUUUCUGAGUUUAUUUGGAAGGAAAAAGACAAAUUUAAAAGAAAAUGUAAACGUUUGUUUUGUGUAAAUAGUUAAUUUGAUUUGGUACAACAUCAAUGAAUCAGUGAAAAUGAUUCAUGAAUAAAAAUCUAUAUAAAUUGA